CAGCAUGUUAUCCAGAAGAUCCAACGAAGGUAAUUAAUGAGGGUGGCUACACUAAACAACAGAUUUUCAGUGGAGAUGUAACACUUUGUAUUGGAAGAAGAUGCCAUCUAGGACUGUUGUAGAGAAAAGUCAAUGCCUGGCUUCAAAGGACAAGCUGACUCUCUUGUCAGGGGCUAAUGCUGCUGGUGACUUUUAAGUUGAAGUCAAUGUUCAUUGAUCAUUCUGAAAAUCCUAGAGCCCUUUAGAAUCAUGCUGAAUCUACUCUGCCUGUGCUCUACAAAUGGAACAACAAAGCCUGGAUGACAGCACAUCUGUCUACAACAUGGCUUACUGAAUAUUUUAAGCCUACUCUUCAGACCUCCUGUUCAGGGAAAAAAGAUUCCUUUCAAAAUACUACUACUUACUGACAACGUACUUGAUCACCCAAGAGUUCUUAUGGAGACGUGCAACAAGAUUAAUGUUGUUUUCAUGCCAGCAAACAUAGCAUCCAUUCUGCAGCCCAUGGAUCAAGGAGUAACUUUGACUUUCAAGUCUUGUUACUUAAGAAAUACAUAGCUGCCAUAGAUAGUGAUUCUUCUGAUGCAUCUGGGCAAAGUUAACUGAAAACCUUCUGGAAAAGGUUCAGCAUUCUAGAUGCCAUUCAGAGCACGUGUGAUUCAUGGAAAGAGGUCAAAAUAUAAACACUAACAGGAGUGUAGAAAAAGUGGAUUCCAACCCUAAUGGAUGACUUUGAGGGGUACAAGACUUCAGUGGCGGAAGUAACUGCAGAUGUGGUAGAAAUAACAAGAACUUGAAUUAGAAGUGGAGCCUGAGGAUGUGACUGAAUUGCUACAAUUUCAAGAUAAAACUUUAACAGAUGAGGAGUUGCAUCUUAUGGAUGAGCAAAGAAAGUAGUUUCUUGAGAUGGAAUCUACUCCUGGUAAAGAUACUGUGACAGUUGUUGAAAUGACAAGAAAGGAUUUAGAGUAUUACAUAAACUCAGUUGAUAAAGCAGUGGCAGGGUUUGAGAAGAUUGAUUCCAAUUUUGAGAGAAGUUCUCCUGGGGUCAGAUGCUAUCAAAUAGUAUCACGUACUACAGAGAAAUCGUUCCUGAAAGGAAGAGUUGAUCAAUGCUGCAGAUUUCAUUGUCUGAUUUUAUAUAAUUGCCACAGCCACCCCAGCCUUCAGCAACCACCACCCUGCUCAGUCAGUGACCAUCAACAUCAAGGCAUGAACCUCCACCAGCAAAAAGAUUACUACUCACUGAAAGCUCAGACAAUGAUGGAGAAGAGAAAACCUAUGGCGGCUGUGAAGGCCCCGAUGCCAUGUAUGUCAAAUUGAUAUCUUCGGAUGGUCAUGAAUUUAUUGUAAAAAGAGAACACGCACUAACAUCUGGAACAAUAAAAGCCAUGUUGAGUGGCCCAGGUCAGUUUGCUGAGAAUGAAACUAAUGAAGUCAAUUUUAGAGAGAUCCCUUCACAUGUGCUAUCAAAAGUAUGCAUGUAUUUUACCUACAAGGUUCGCUACACUAACAGCUCCACGGAGAUUCCUGAAUUCCCAAUUGCACCUGAAAUUGCACUGGAACUGCUGAUGGCUGCGAACUUCCUAGAUUGUUAAAUAAAAUAAAUUAUAAUAAACUGUUAACUUUUUUCAGUAUUUAAUACCUGUAGUUCAGUUAGUAAUUUUUUCAUAUAUAGCAUGUUGCCUGUGUGCAGUUGAACUUUAAAGUUCAUUGCAAAGCAGAUUAUCUUCUGUUCUUUUGCAUAGCAAUCAGAGUUGAAAUUUGUUUGCUACAUCAACAAAUGGAGGACAUUUUCACAAAUUGAGAAAUAAACAAAUAUGCCAAUUCGUAGGUGGUUUUGCCUUAUCCUUUGGAUGUGAUUUUUAAAAUUAGAGCAGUGGUGAUAUAGUAAAACUGAAAUUUAAGCAUAAAUGAACACAUUCUACAGGUAAAUAAUGGGGCUACGUAUUUUUGUGUUUUUAGUGUUUUUUUUUUUAAAAAAAAAAACAAAAACCUGAUCUUGUAGCCGUUGUUAGCAUUACUAGAGUUAUGCAAAUAAUUGCAUUAUAAACAUGUUUAUAACUUAGCCAAAACAUUGAUUUUUAUAACUGUCAAAGACAUAAGAGUUGAAAUUUCUUAUGUGUCUUUUGAUAAACUGCAGUAUUGUUUAAGUGUA